AUGGAGUCUGGGAGGCUGGAGACCUCCGCCAGCCUGAAGCUUGAGGGCGGAAGAAGUUGGCUGCGUGAUAUUCAUGACUCCUCCGCAUUGCUGGGCGCCAUCCUGGCCGUCGUUCACCCAACACUAUAUGCCGCAGGAUGCCAGUGCUUGGGUUUGAUCCAGCAAGACCCAGAAUUGCGAGAGAUGGCGCUGAACUGGUCGUCGCCAUUCAAUGCGCUCCAGGUGAUCGCCAACCGGGAAACUCCUUUCCACCGAGAUAGCAAGACAAGAUACACCUUCUACGACCUGUUGGCGACGUUGGGCAACUACACUUGCGCGUGGUUGAAGUUCCCCACCAUGCGUGUCGCCAUUGAUUAUAGUCCUGGAACUGUCAUAGCCUUCUGUGGAAAGGCGAUUCGUCAUGGCGUCACUCGAGCAGAUGGCGAAAGGCUCGUCUAUGCAUACUUCAUGCGAGAGGGUGUCCAGAACAGGCUAGGCAUUCCGGCGCCCCACUGGAUGCAAGCUUCAUAUUACGCCUCACACAUUGGCAUGUGCACAGUUCAUCACCGAAGGGACAUCAUGCCAAAGACUGAUGGAGACGAGAACACUAUGCAGGGGAUGGAGACUGUCGAUGGCAGCUUCAUUGGCGGGAUAAAGUUGGCGGAGGUGAUGGCGAAAUCUCAAGGUGUAGUUAUCACUGAUGGCAGCAUAUGGUUGGCGGACCUCGAAGUUGGCGGAGAUGGUGGCGAAAUGUGUUCGGUUGAGAAGUUACGCAACAAAAGCAGGCUCGUUGUAGACCUGGAUGACGAGGUUGAGUUUGUGACCAAGGUAGCUAAGCAGACCACUAGGGGAGUACGCUAUGUGGACGUACCUUUGCCCAUGCCCACGGGUUCAAACAUGCCAUCGCCUUCCAAAAGUCCAUCGAAGGCUCCAGCUUCAGGCUCCUUGUUUAACUUGGAUGAUGGCGACGUCCUGGGCAACAUAGGUGUGCCGAUUCAGCUGGAUCCGGCAGCUCAGAAGACAAAGACCCAGAAUGACUUCAUGAGGGACUGGAUACCCCACCGUGAUGACUAUCUUCAUGCCAUUGUCGAGAUGGAAGCCCCGCCUGAGCCCAGAAACUGUGCGGAAUGCAAGGUUGGCGAGGGACGGUGGCGAUGCCUGGACUGUAUGGGCAGACCGCUCACCUGUACUGACUGCUGUCGUAACGGCCAUCAGCGUGCUCCUUUCCAUCGGAUAGAGCAUUGGCAGGGUCAGUAUUUUGAGCCAGCAUCACUGUAUUGGGUUGGCGUCUGCAUCCAUUUGGGGCAUGGUGGAGAUCCCUGCCCUCUGGGCGCCUUCACAGCACAUAACAACCCUGCGCCGGUGGUGGCCCCGGGGUCCGAUUUCUGGAAUGCCUCCAAUGAAGACCUAAAUGCACAUGAUGGCGAGGUCUCAGAUGAUGGCGAGGUCCCAUUCAACUUUGCACCUCUGGCAGGCACCCUUGACGGUGAAGCAAGGCAAACCGACGAUGCUCCCGAUCCCACUUGGGAGGAAGAUGUGCCACCAGUGCUCUCCCGGCCACCUCGCCGUGAUAGUUAUGGGAAUUGGAUCAUAGUCAUUGUCGACAUCUCUGGUGUUCACCAUAUCGGCGUUGACUGGUGCCAGUGUGAGAUGGCAGUGGAGUGUGACAUGCAGCUUCUUCAAAUGGGACUUUACCCUGGUACCGUCAAGGAUCCCCAUACCGCCUUCACAUUCGCCGUCCUCGACGAUUUCCUUCUGGAGAACAAAGAGUGCAAGACGGCGGCAUUGAACUACUACAGCAAGCUCAAAUGGGUCACGAGCAAUGCCUUCCCUGGCACCAUUCCCGACCGUUAUCGUGAGCUGAUGCGGGUGUCCCGCCAAUGGCGCCAACUCAAAUAUCGCAAGUGGCACGGCUUCUCACACGAUGCCCUCCGUCCUGUGGAGAAGGGUGGCCUCGCCAUCUUUUGUCCCGCCUGUCCCCAGCCUGGGCUCAACCUGCCUUUCGAUUGGCAAGCGGAUCCAGUGCAGUGGAAGUUCAAACACGGCUUUGUCAUGGAUGGCAAUUUCAGUGCAGAGCACAUGAAGAUGAAGCACCCCGAGGAGGACGUCGCCCUUAGUAACGGCCAGGCAUUCAUGGUCGGCCAAGAGGAUUACAAGGCUCAUCUGGCGGUGGCCAUGGAGUCGCAUCAGCGCUCCACUUGUCAUGAGCACCGCGCUGUCAAUCAGGCCAAUGUGGAUCGCGCCAACCUUGACGCCACAGGAAUCGGGGCCACUGCUUGCACCAGACAUGGUUUCUUCGUCCCUCAUACUGUCGUCGAUUUCCAGAAGGGAGAAAGACAAAUGAAUAUGGAUUACUCUCUCAGCAAUGCGCUCCUGACCCUCACCGGUAUCACCCUCGUCCUCGUCAUGUACGACAUCAUGUGCCAGUAUGGCGUCCAUGUCCGCAAACGUUUCCGCCACAGCGCCUAUCUGAGGAUGCCCUUCGAGCUCAAGAUAGACCAAGGCAUCGGCUUGUUUCAUGUGCACGGACACCAAGAUUGCUGCUUCCAAUGGUUCUCGCCCAACUUUAUAGUUGGCGCUGGUAUGGUCGAUGGCGAGGUCAUCGAGACCCUGGGCAUGACCCGAGCUCACCGCCAAGAAGUCCUUGACGAUCACAUGAAUGACUCCAACUGGAAGAAGACGACUCGCAUGGUGCUAACCUUGAUGACAAAGUGGAAACGCGUGCUCCUGGGCUUCCCAAGAAGCAAGGAGUCCUUUGAAGCUUUAUCUGCAUCCACAGAUGAGGAGGUCCUUGAGGCAUGGCAGAAGGAGUACGACGACGCUAUGGAGGCUCGCCAAAAUGAUCCGAAGAUUAUGGACACCUUCGAUGUCCAGCUCAGGAAGGCCCCGGGUAAAGACCUCACCCAACUCAGACUGGCGGGUGAGGAGUCCGCCAAGGGCUUGGAGAAGGGCACCGCCGGAUGGUUGUCGACUGGCCUCAAAAUUCAAGAAGCACAGCUUAAGCUUGCGAAUGAUAUCCGCAAGGCGGGUCAAAAUCCGAGCGUGGCGGAGGACCUCAAGACUCUCGAGCGCCAUCAGCACCUCGAAGUCAGCAUUCUCACAUUCCAACGUCGCUCUGAGAAGUUCAUGGGAAGGUUGGAGGACGUUCCCGCCAUGGAAGAUUGUGAUGAUGGUGCGCUCUGA